CGCAAUAAUUCACUCUUUGACUUAUCACUGGCUGCAAGACUUGUGCAGAAUGGAAUUACCCUCAAAGUACGGAGUAGGCUUUGCUGAUCAAUAUUGACGAAAUUCAAACGCAAAGUAUUUUCUACCGAGAAUUGUCCGGGGGAAGCUAUAAAUGCCAUCCUUCUUGACGUGACUGCCCUGACUGAACACUCUGGAGGGUCGCUAUCAUUCGGUUUCUUUGCCUGUGCCCUGCAAUAACCAGCAAGAAUAUUAACAACCAAACAUGGCACUUGAAUUCAAGGCUGGAAACAUGCCCUUUCGAAGGCUCGGUUCGAGUGGUCUUCGAGUCCCUCUCUUUUCUUUGGGUGGUUGGUUGACUCUUGGUGGUUCGGUAAAGGGUGAUCCUGUGAAGGAGAUCAUCAAGACUGCUUUCGACAAUGGCAUCAAUAUGUUCGAUACCGCGGAGGCGUACGCAAAGGGGCAAUCGGAGGUCGAGAUUGGGCGUGUUAUCAAAGAGCUUGGAUUUCGUCGCUCGGAUUUGAUUGUUACAACUAAGCUCUUUUGGGGUGUACGUGAUGGCCCCAAUGACGGAGGAUUAUCCAGGAAGCAUAUCAUAGAAGGCACCAAGGAGUCUCUUGAGCGGCUUCAACUAGACUACGUAGAUGUAAUCUUCGCCCAUCGUCCUGAUCCCACUAUACCCAUGGAGGAGGUUGUGCGGGCUUUCAACUUCGUCAUAGAAAAGGGCUGGGCGUUCUACUGGGCUACUUCGGAAUGGUCCGCGUACGAAAUUGCUGAGGCUCACCAUGUUUCCACGAAACUGGGCUUAAUUGCACCCAUCGCUGAGCAAUGCAAACACCACAUGUUCCAUCGCGAACGACCCGAGAAGGAAUACGAACCCUUGUACCGCAAAUACAACUUGGGGACAACUGUGUUCUCUGCUCUUGCUCAAGGCAUUCUCACCGGCAAAUAUAAUAACGGGGUUCCGCCUGACUCUCGUCUAGCUAUCGAGAAAGGCCCACUAUUCGAGGGCUUGAAGAAAUGGCUUGAUUCUGAUGAGGGCAAAGAUCAGAUCAAUAAGAUCAAACAAUUGUCCGAAUUCGCAGAGAAGGAACUCAACGCUUCCGUAUCCAGUCUCGCACUCGCUUGGAUCGCUGUCAAUCCGAAUACAUCUACAGUCAUCUUGGGUGCUUCAAAGCCCGAACAAGUCGUUGAGAACUUGAAGGCUUUGGAAGUCAUCCCGAAGUUGACUCCAGAGGUUUUGGAGAAGAUUGAGGUUAUCCUCGGGAACAAACCUGCACCUGAUCCAACAUACGGAAGGUUCCCAUUGCAGGGCGGGCUUCCUAAGUUGUAACUUGUAUUCAAACACGGGAAGAUGUAUCAAUACCUUUCCCUGUAGCCGUAAUUCAGUUCCCUUGCCAUACGAUUCAAGCUGCAUCUCAGUAUCUUCACUAACAAACUCAUCAGAUUUACAUGUGCGCCGGAAUAUAGACAGCAUUCGCAAUUGGUCGCAUGCAUACGAAAAGAAUCAUUCAAUUUGUUAAUACAUGAACAAAAUGAUCACGACGCCUAAACAGUCUGUUGAGGAUGGGCAACGAGUUUCUUCCCGCUAAUCGCGUCAUUCUUCAUCUUCUCCAGACCUUUAGCGAUACCUGCAAGUCCUCCUGGCAAAAGCUCGA